AUGGGCUCUCUCUCUUCACCUUACUGGAGCAGAUCAGUGCUGUUUCCAGAUUGGGCCUAUAAACCGGCCUGGUCACCAGGAUCUCGGCAAGUACAGCUGUGGCACUUCCUGUUGGAGUUGUUGGGGCGGGGCGAGGGCGGGGCAAUCAGCUGGGGUGGAGAAUGGGGUGAGUUUGUGAUCAGAGACCCCGAGCGGUUGGCCAAGCUGUGGGGAGAGAGGAAGGGCAAGCCGCAUAUGAACUACGACAAGCUCAGCAGAGCACUAAGAUAUUACUACAAUAAGCGGAUUCUGCACAAGACCAAAGGAAAGAGAUUCACCUAUAAGUUUAACUUCAGCAAACUGAUCCUGGUGAACUACCCCAGUCUCCAUACCUGCCAACAGGUGGUUCAGUCUGGACCCUCACUUCCAUUCCCUUUCCUUUCUUCCGAGGGGUCACUCUACAGCCAAUCUGUGGACAUGGCCCUGCCCUCCCUCUCUCACCCUCUACUCCUCCCUUACUGCCUCCCAAAGCCCCUCCCCUUCACUCAGACCCAUCCAAUCCCAGGACAGUUCUCACUGUUUUCUACCCCGCCUACUUCGGUGGCUAACCUAUCAGAGCUCUCCCGCCUGCCGCCGUUCAGCGCUGCCCUGCACCUUGGCCACACUUUACAUGGCCGGCAAGCUAAGAGCAGCAUGGAUUGGUGUUUGAACAGAGCCAUGGCACCACGUGAGAGGGACCCCAGAGAAGGGCAAGAAAAAAAGACAGACUGA